UUUUGGUCGCGAGCGUGUCGUCUACUUUCGGUCUCUCCUCGCAUUACCUUUCACCAACCAGCUAAGUAUUCUUCAUUUUCUUCUUCCUUUCCAGUCUCCAUUUUACCUUCUCCUUUUCGUUCAGAUCUGGUUUAGAUUUAGGAUUUUUUUUCUUUGUUAUUUCUCUUCUGUUUAUUUUCAUGUUUGAUCUGCGGUUUGUAAAAUCGUUUCAAUGAUUUUAGAUUUUCUAUGAACUUAAUCCUCAUGCGGCGAAUCCGUAUUCUUCACUCGUUUUCGGUUGUCUUCCUUUACUGGUUCUACGUUUUCUCAUGAAUUUGCUCAUCAAUCUUGACUAUUGAAAGUUCAAAUCCCUAAUUAUCAUUCAAUUUCUCAAAUUCCAAUCUAAAUACUCUUCUCGAUUGAAAAGAAAACCCUUCCCCUAUGGCUACCGUUCAAAGGCAGACGAGUUCUUCUGAUUCCGAUCCUCGAUAUGCAAACGUUGACGAGAGGAAAAGGAAAAGAAUGUUGUCUAACCGUGAAUCCGCUAGGCGAUCUCGUGUUAGAAAGCAGAAGCAGCUCGAAGAUUUGGCGAACGAAACGAGCGCAUUGCAGAAAGAUAACGGUCUUCUCUCCGAGAAGAUCAACAUUGCAGCUCAACGCUACAUCGAAAUGGAAAACGACAACAACGUGUUGAGAGCUCAGGCGAUGGAAUUGACCGAUAGGCUGUGGUCUCUGAACUCAGUGCUGCACAUUGUGGAAGAAGUCAGCGGGUUUGCCGUUGAUAUACCGGAGAUUCCGGAUCCUCUGAUGAAACCAUGGCAUCUCCCUUUUCCGAUAGAACCAAUCAUGGCAUCGGCCGACAUGCUUGUGUUGAUGGAAUAACCAUAGACCCAUCCUUUCCUGUUUGGCAAUCGUGAGUUUGUGCUUGUGAGUCGUUUGUUAAUUAGAUUUUUGCAACUUUCUCGCAAUAUUUUAUGUAAUUAGAAGCAUGCAAUGUGGAGUCUGUUGAAUUGGGAGUUUGGUUUCUUUAGUGUGAUUAUGCUUUCUAUACCAUGGAAUGUUGGUUUUCGAUUUCAA